AAGCGGUGCAUGGUGGGUAGAAGGGGGGGCGGGGGGAUUGUUCCGCCCAGGAAGUAGCCUCCAUCUUAGGGCCCCGGCGGCUCCCGCGACCUAGGCCUGGUUCCGAGGCCCCGAGCUCCGGCGGCGGCGGGAUGGCGGCGGACAGCCGGGAGGAGCAAGAUGGUGAACUGAAUGUUCUGGAUGACAUUUUAACUGAUGCUCCUGACCAAGAUGAUGAGCUCUAUAACCCUGAUAGUGAACAAGAUAAAAAUGAAAAAAAGGGAUCAAAAAGAAAAAAUGACAGGAUGGAGACUGCUGAAAGCAAAAGACAAAAGCCAUCGGUGCAUUCAUCAAGGCAAAUGAUUCUAAAGCCACCUAGUUCAUCAGUUAGCAAUAAUAAGAGGAUAGUGAGUACAAAAGGAAAGCCUGUAGCAGAGUACAAGACAGAGGAAUAUCAGAGGUCUGACAGAAGCAAGCGUCCAGAUGGUGAUCGAAAGGCACGCAUGUCAAGUGGCAGUACAAGGGAGCUUUAUAAAGGGCAACCUGAAAAAACUUGCAUGAGGAAGAGAGAUGUUGACAGGAGGGCAAAGUCCUCUACGCCAGAUGGUUCAGAGAGAAUUAGGCAUGAUGUGGACAGAAGGCAAAGCAGAUCCAGCCAUUCUUCUAAAGAAGAGGUGAACUCUGAGGAAUAUGGUUCAGAUCAUGAGACUGGCAGCAGCGGCUCCUCUGAUCAAGGAAACACAGAGAAUGAGGAAGAAGGAAUGGAGGAAGAGGAAGAUGAGGAAGGAGAGGAGGAUGAGGAGGUGGAAGAAGAUGGGGAAGAGGACGAAGAGGAAUAUGAACAAGAUGAAAGAGAUCAGAAGGAGGGAAAUGAUUAUGACACUCGAAGUGAAGCCAGUGAUUCUGAUUCUGAAUCUGCAUCCUUCACAGAUGGGUCAGUCAGAUCUGGUUCUGGCUCAGAUGCAUCAGAUGAGAAAAAGAAGGAAAGGAAGAGAGCUAGAGGUAUCUCUCCAAUUGUUUUUGAUAGAAGUGGAAGUUCUGCAUCAGAAUCUUAUGCAGGUUCAGAAAAGAAGCAUGAGAAAUUAUCAUCUUCCGUUCGUGCUGUCCAAAAAGACCAAACCAGUAAACUUAAAUAUAUUCUCCAAGAUGCAAGAUUUUUUCUCAUCAAGAGUAACAACCAUGAAAAUGUCUCACUUGCCAAAGCCAAGGGCGUGUGGUCAACUCUUCCAGUAAACGAAAAGAAGCUCAAUGCUGCAUUUCGAUCAGCAAGGAGUGUUAUCUUAAUAUUCUCAGUGAGAGAGAGUGGUAAAUUCCAAGGGUUUGCAAGGCUCUCAUCUGAAUCCCAUCAUGGCGGAUCACCUAUACACUGGGUGCUGCCUGCAGGAAUGAAUGCAAAAAUGUUGGGAGGAGUCUUUAAAAUUGACUGGAUUUGCAGGCGUGAAUUACCCUUCACUAAAUCUGCUCACCUGACCAAUCCUUGGAAUGAACAUAAACCAGUAAAGAUUGGACGCGAUGGACAGGAAAUUGAGCCUGAAUGUGGAACCCAGCUUUGUCUCCUAUUCCCUCCUGAUGAAAGUAUUGACUUGUAUCAAGUCAUUCAUAAAAUGAGGCACAAGAGAAGAAUGCAUUCACAGCCCCGAUCAAGAGGACGUCCAUCCCGUCGAGAACCAGUCCGGGAUGUGGGAAGGCGUCGACCAGAGGAUUAUGAUAUUCAUAACAGCAGAAAGAAACCAAGGAUUGACUAUCCCCCUGAGUUUCACCAAAGACCAGGGUAUAUAAAGGAUCCCAGGUAUCCAGAAGUAGACAGUUUUACGCAUUUUAUUCCCAACAGACGAUUUUCAGGAGUUCGCCGAGAUGUGUUUUUAAAUGGGUCCUACAAUGAUUACGUGAGGGAAUUCCACAACAUGGGACCACCGCCACCCUGGCAAGGAAUGCCACCAUAUCCAGGUCUGGAACAGCCUCCCCAUCACCCUUACUAUCAGCACCAUGCUCCUCCGCCUCAAGCUCACCCUCCCUACUCAGGACACCACCCGGUACCGCACGAAGCAAGAUACCGAGACAAGCGAGUAGUAAGUCAUGAUUAUGAUAUGAGGGUAGAUGACUUUCUGCGGCGCACACAAGCGGUUGUCAGUGGUCGGAGAAGCAGACCUCGGGAGAGAGACCGCGAACGGGAACGUGACCGUCCCAGGGAUAACAGAAGAGACAGAGAACGUGAUAGAGGGCGUGAUCGGGACAGGGAGAGAGAAAGGAUUUGUGACCGGGACAGAGACAGAGGAGAAAGGGGCAGAUAUAGAAGAUAAUCCUUCUGGAGCUAGUGGUCAUUUGAAACAACAACAGCAAAGCUUGUAUUUUUUGUGUGUGUUUACAAGUAGUAAAUUUUAUUUUCAGCUGUCUCAAGUUCAUUGUGUAGAAGGAUUGAUGACCCUCUUUGUUCCAAGCAUGCAGUAAACUUUGAACUGGAAGAAAAAAAGCCAAAAAAUGCACACAGUUGAUGUUUUUAUUGGAGCAGAAUGGGAAGCAGUUAAGAAUGUAGAUAUUGGUUCAUUCUCAAUAAGUGUUCAUCUACUUAGUGACUUCAUCCUAGGUUUGUUUGGGUUUUUUUUUAAUACUGAUGGAUAACUGCCAUAAUAUAUUCUUUUUUUUGCUUUGUUUUCUUAAAUGUAGUUUCACAUGGUUCAUUGGAAAAAAUGCUGCUAUCAAGUAUGCAAAUAUUGAAGUAUGAUUUGACUGUAUGGCAGUGUUGUAGCAGCCUUGUUUUUCUGUUUUGUUUUGUUUUUUAACCUCUGUAAAGUCAAGUGUUUUUUUUUUUCCCCCCAGUCUUCAAUAAUGAAAGCAAUAUUAAGAAGACACUAUUGAUAUCUAAUUUUUAACCUUUUUAAAAGAAUCUUCCUGUGUUCAGUAAUAUUUUGGUCAAACCUCUUGUCCUAGCCUUUCUCCUCUCCAAAAUGUACACAUUGCUUGGAAUGUCCACAAUUCGCGUGUGUGAAACCAGAAAAUAUUGCUGUACUCUACAUUGCUACCAUUUUUUUUAUAAAAUAAAUUGGUAACUAUUGAAACUUUUAGUUUGGCUUCCAACAGUUUUCUGAGGGCAGGCUUGUGUUCAAAAAGGGUACCUUCCACCUGGAAGGAAUACUUUGCUUUUGAGUAGGGGGGAAUUUCUGAAUAACAACAACAGCAACAAGAAUUAAUUGUAAUGGGGGAUGAGCUUGGGUAGGCUCAUGUUCCCAACCCCCUGUUCUACUGCAGUUCAACCCAUAAGCUUUGCUGCACAUGGAUCAUUGGAAUAUUUUUGUUUUGUUCUAAUGGCUACCUAACUAGUAACUAUCAAAAGGGAUGGCAGCUCUGCAUUUAGUUUUUACCAGAACAGCUCUGUAAGUACCAUGCCUUCAGUAUGGGAUCUGUUUGUCCAUUAUUGAUUCAUUGUAUCAGCCUCUAUGUUGCAUUACUUGUAUGAUGUCCAGACCCCAGUGUCCCUUGUAGUACAGUUGCCAGAGCCAAAAAACUUUAAGGGCAUGCUCAUUCUGAAGUGUACAAACUCACCUGUAUUUCUAUACUUGGCAUACUUUAGCAGGGAUAACAGGAUAAUAUUUCAGAGACCACUAUGUGUUCCAGCUCUUGAAUGGAACAAAUUUUUCAGUUGAAUUUGCAGUAGUAAAUGAUGGGAAAGCAGCUUCAGCUUCAAAAUUUACUGGAAAAGCUUUCUUGCAUGUAUUUCCAUAGAAGGAGCUUGGCUUUCAGAUGCGAGUACUGUAGUCUGUCUUCACUAAUUCUUAACACUAUCUCCUGAUUUAUAGAAACCUUCUACCAAACCUGCCAUCUAUUCCUCCAUCUUUGCUGUGUUGUGUAACAAAGCCCCACUAUCAUACUUUGAGGGACCACACAAAGACGCAACUCUGCGCUGUGCAGAACUGCAUAUGCUGAAGGUUACUGUGAAAACUUAUGUAAUAUUGUUUGAUACCUGUGAUAAAAUGCAUUAAUCUAACCAUUGCAUUUUAUAAUAAAUGUGUACCUCUGUAUGCAUUAAAUACAAUCACUUUGACCCUCAAAAAUAGGAAUCACUUUUAUUAAACCAUCACAAGGAAUUAAACACUCAUUACAGAGCACUUCAGAAUAAUCUACUAGGCAAUGAAUAUUUGGUUAGCAGAAGCUCAGCCCAUGGAAAAGGGGUUCAUUCAAUAAACAUUGUAUUGCAUGAUGUAUAUAACUUCUCAUGUUCCUUUAGGCUGGGCACCAAUUCAAAGAUCUUCCUGUAGGGCUAGGGUAAAGAUAAUGGGCUUUAAGUGACUAGGCUCUUUGUAGGUUCUCAUUGUUGACACUUUUGCACAAAAUUGCCACCCAGUCAGAUCUAGAAGCUUAAUUUUGAUACUUGCAUAGAAGUGUACAGCCAAAGCUUUGGAAAUGUGUACAUAUGUAGUGUUGUCUUCCAUGGUUUUCAUUGUGCAGCUAUGCAUCUGCCUUUGGGUGCAAAGUAUCAACUGGCCCAUGGAGCUCCCUACAGAUCUGAAAACGCAGCAGCAUGUUAAGUAGUGGCAGUGUUAAUAACCAUUAAUCCCAGAGCUUCUGAAAUUACUUGCCCUGCUGCCAAAUUUUUACCCUUACUUGCCACUUGCCCUGCGUUGAAUUACCAGGUCCAUAGUGUGUUCUGUGGGUUGGAUCCAAAUUAUGGAGCUGCAUCAUCUGCCUGUAGUGCAAGCUGUUGCUACUGCUGCCAGCCCUGUGGCCCAGGUGACAUGCCCUGCACUCCAGAUCCAUCCCACAGGGCCAAAUAAGUUAGACAACAGAACUGUAGUGCUAUUGGACUUGUCCAAUUUCUGUGCGCUCCAGUGUAGCCACUGUGGUUUUCUUCAUAUGUCUCCUCUGGCUGCUAGUUUGCCAUUUGAGUUCCACAGUUUUAGCCAAGCACUGAGCUUGUAGCUUGAGAACAGAUCUUUCAGCCCCAUACUUCUAAGGUUUUUAAAAGGAAAAAUCUGAGCAUCUCAAGUCAUGGUCAUCUCAACCAAUUAAAGCCAUGAAAAGUGAGAGAGGGAGCAAAUGAAGUUAAGUAUCUUUGUUUCCGUAGCUGCAUGGUCUGCGGCCUGAUAUAAAAGUUUGCUUCCACAAGACCUAAUUUGCAGUAGAGCUAUGUAACAAGUAUGCAAAUCAAAGCACAUUUAGAGACACUUGUAAAAGCUAUAUGGUGGCUUAUUGUAGCACCUGCGUAAUACUAAAAACCCAAAGUUCUUGAUCUGUCCAGAUUGUCAUCUUUGCGAAUUGGCUUGCCUUCAUGGUGGUUAGCAGAACAACUGACAAUUUAUAGAGCUGGGGACUUUGAGCAAUAAUGCAAUAAUUUUGAAAGUCCUCCAGUGUAAUUUCUGCAGCUAAUGGUAGUCUUUGGAAGUUGCCAGAGUGGGUGAUUUGAUCCUUCUACUGCAGACUAGCUAACCUAGAAGUGGCUGGAGACAUCUGCUAAGUAGCAUUUAGGGAAGGCCAAUCUGCAGCUCGAGUGACACAGACAGCCUCUGUGCAUGGUAUAUGGCAGAUCAGGGAGAGGGGCAGGCAUCACAAUGGCAGAUGGGGCAUGGAGCAGAAAGAGCAUCAAGCUAAGGUCAUCUGCCCUGCAGAUUAGCUUUCUGCCCCCCAUGGGAAAAGUAGGACCCCAGGGAAAGAUAAAGUUCUGCAGUGGUAAGACCCCCUACCACUCCCCACCCCCACAAGUCCCUUGUAGCUCAUAUGAAAGCCCAGCCUGGAGUCCCUCUUCCCUUGUGCGCUUCAGUUUGAUCUUUCUCUGCAUAGGCUUCCUUGGAGACUGAGAACUUGCUUCUGUCGGUUAAAAUGGAGGAGAUCCUAUGCAAGUAAAAGCCUACUUUUACUACUGAGCCCUCUGUGGUGGUGACACUCUAUGGAUGAAGAAUUGCUGUUCUUUAAUUUGUUUGAAGGUUGUGGUGGUAACGCUGCCAUUUCUAGGGACCCUACUCCCUGUUCAUGCCUAAUGGGAAUUCCCAUAGCAAUAAUCCUCAGCCAUCAAUCAGUCCCUUCAUCCCUAGGCAUUAAAAUCAGGGUAAAAUUUCACUGUGCUUUGGGAAGGCUUUGAGGUGAACCCAGAGGAAAUCUUCCAUAGUGAAGAUUUGGGACUAAACCCAUUUAAAGGCCCACUCUGUAGGUGGUGUAAACAGUCAUAGCUCUGUUGGCUUUAAUGGCCCCUUGCUGAUUCAUGCCAGCUGUGGAUCAAGCCCCAUCUUCUCAGAAGAGAAGCUGCUGCCACUAGAAAUCAAACUACCCAUAUUUGUAUUAGCAACUAGUUCACCAGUAUCAAGGGGUUGGGUAAGCUAGAUAACAUCCCACAACACUGGGGGAGUUCUGAAUUCUGCAGUCUCUCAAUAGCACUUGCCUCUACAACUGGCUGUGGGGACAAUACUCUGGUUAGUCAGGGUAGAGAGAGAAGGUCUGGGCCCCCAGGGGCGAGUCCAGCUUUUGCAGAUCACAGAAAACCAAAAUAAUGGCAACCCAGCUCAGAAAGGAAGCACAUAGCUCAGAGGAAAAUGGGACAGUAGAGGAAAACAGGAGCUGUCAUAGGAACUUCCGUGCCAGUCUUGAAAUCAUUCAUUCCCACCCUAGGAGCUAUGGCCAAUGCUUACCAGAAUGGGCUGCAUUCUUUGGCUGGGAUUUGCCAAAGUUUUUAAGGGAAGUGGCUGCCCAAACUCCACAGCAGUGAGGCACCUGUUUCUAUUCAGCUAGCGAGAAAUCCCUAGAUCUUCACUGAGGUCUCUCAGUAAAUUGUAUUUUGUCUAUUAAAGCUGUCCCCUGGGCAGCUCCCACUGAGGACAGAGAAAGAUCUUGGGUGCUCAGUACUUUAGGAGACAAAGGGAAGUUGGAAGCUUGGAUAGAGGCUCAGGUAUCUCACUGCACAUUCAUUCUCCAAGCCUUGGCCCUUCUAGUAGGCAUCUUAUACAGGUAGCCAACUUGCAGCACAAGUGGUAUGGGCAACCUGUGUGUGUGUGUGGCACACAGCAGACUGGGGAGGGGACAGACAGCACAGUUGGUCAGGGUAGAUAGGUCAGGGAAAUGAUAGCAGGGAGCAGAGCAGCAGAUAGGGCAGGAGAAGGGGGUUGCAAUGGCACUCAAGGAGGGCCUGGGCUUCAUUUGUAGCACACCUGCCCAAAAGGUUGCCCCCCCCCCACUGUUUUAA